AACAGUAGAGAUAGAGACUUGGAAACCAAGAGAGAGAGAGAGAGAGAGAACAACACGAUAAAUCUACAAACUACACUAGUUUCAUCAUAAUAGUUAGCAAAGGAAAUAUGAAAAAGUAGCAAAGUGGAUAUGAAUUUUUCGCAGACGCAAAAUGAUCCAGAGCAAUCGUCGUUGCAAGUCGUGACGCAGUAUUGAAAACGCGAGACUAAUUAUCAAGGCACGAGACUACGACGAAUCUCAUUGAAAGCGCGAAGGUGAGCGCUUUUGAGUUUUCGAUCGCUUCUGUGACUGCAUUUUCGCAAUAGUGGAACAGAUCGUGACUAUCCUAAACAUAGGUUCGUGAAAUGGAUGAGGAAGUCAAAAAUAUGUACGUGUUCGAGCCGUACGUAAUUGUCGAACACGAGACGGACGGGCAAGAGCGUCCGAAGGCACGUAGUGGUCACCGUAUCGCCUGCGACCAUCGGAAUCUCUAUUCGUACGGUGGUUUCAAUCCGUGUGUAUCUGACACCGACCCUGAUAUGCGCGAUGAUCCAACGUGGAUCAUCAGCAAGCCGUUGUUCAAAGAAUUGUGGCGAUUUAACUUAGCAAGUGAACGUUGGCGACGAUUGCCUGCCCAAGAAACCAUGCCUAACGAACUAGCCUCAAACGCUAUGAUCUUACGCGGCAACAUACUCAUGGUAUAUGGUGGUACAGGUGUGCCAUUUGGUGAAAGUUGUAGCAAUCAAUUUUAUAUCUGUAAUGUGGACGAUGGUGCGAUGAAACUAGUGCCAGCCUCUGGUGAACUACCUGAGCCUCAAUAUGGACAGGCACUGAUAUGUUAUGGUCCUUACCUGUACACUGUUGGUGGCACCACAGGCUAUGAAUAUACUUGCGAUAUUCAUCGAUUUGAUCUAAGAACUGGCAUCUGGGAAACAGUGUACGUUUGUUUGGGCAGAGACUCAUUAGAGCCACCAGGCAGGUACCGUCAUGAACUCGCAUUUGAUGGUGAGAUGAUCUAUAUCUUGGGUGGUGGCACUUCUAUUGAUGCCUUUGGUUUUUCAGAAAUCCCAGCAUUCAAUCUACGGUCCAAUAAGUGGAAGAUAUUGAGCACACAUGGUGACAACGAUGACAACACAGUACCAGCACCAAGACGCUGUCACGGCUCUGUUCAGUAUAGAGAUGAAAAAACCGGUGCUACUGUAGUUGUUAUAUCAGGUGGCUAUGACGGCGAUCGUGUCUUCUCCGAUGUUUGGCGGCUAGACCUCAGUACGUUACAAUGGACGUGUUUAAGAAAGUGUAUUCUGCCCUGUCCAGUGUACUUUCAUUCAGCAGCACUCACCCCAGAAGGUCGUAUGUACAUAUUUGGUGGUAUUAUCAAAGAGAACAACACGAUACAGAGGACGAAUGCUGUUCUGUCCGUCUGGCUAACGAUCCCAAAGCUAUCAGAGAUUUGUUGGCAAGCAUUAAAUCACUAUUGGUUGGAUCUGCGAAACAGAUCGCCGGACGAAUUACUGCACAUCGGAAUACCCUUGAAAUUCGUGCAAAGACUUGAUUCCUACGACUCGUGAACAACGUGAACACGAGUAACAUUUUCCUCAGUUCUUCCCUGAAUCUUCAGCUGCAGCUUUUCUAAAGCUCGCUAUAUACUCUGAAGCAGGGAUUCUUAAUCUGAAAUUUCAGAUUUCAGAGAUUUUUAUGGCAUUCAUGAAUAUAUGUCAAAAGAGAUCUGCGGAAUUAAGUGAAAAAUAUAUUACUUUUGACCGGUUUUACAUUUUCUAGUCUAACUAAAUUUAGCAGAUAUUUUUUUCUUUAUUUUAAUUUUAUUUUGACAACUUUUACCACACAUAUAACUUUAAUAGAAUUAUUGUUGUACUUAUUUUAAUAAAAAUUAUCUGUGCUUUAUAGUCUUUAUAUAUGUAAUUUUAUGUAUACAAAAGCAUUCUGAAAUUUCACUAAAUUGCCAAAGAAGUCCAUGGCACAAAAAAAUAUUAAGAAUCCCUGCACUAAAGCAUUCGAUCACGCUUAGAUCAUGAUAUUUAUUGGUUUGCAUCUCUAGCACUUUUUUUUUUGUACUAUAUUGAUUAUAUAAUGUCAGUGGAGAGAAAAUUUAUUUCAUCAAUCUAAUUUAUUACGCAUACAAAUUAUAAUGGACCACUUACGAAAUAAUAGGCUUCUCUUUCUCGAAUCUAUAUUCCGGCAUUAUCUCUUUUGCUACGUAGGACAAUAGGUACGUCGUCAAAAAGAAGUUUCUUAGUUACGUACACCGUAUAUACACGUCAUAAAACCGCUUAUAACUGGCGGACAUCGUAUAUACGGCGGCGCAGUGGCCGCAAAAUCAGCAUACAUAUUUAUAGGAAUCUAAUGUCAAAACACAACACAAUUGCGGUCUCCACAUAUUUAUGAUGUGAAUUUUCUGUCUCAUUUGAAUUGGUCAGAAUUUCUCAAUCCAUACGCGUGCAUUUCACAAUCGAAUAUCGUGCCACAUACAGGGAACACUUUUUGGUUGAAGUGUGCCGUAGCGAAAGGGUUAAUUUAACUCACGUUAAAUUACUGUGAGAAUUCUAUUUUCUCGGUAUUAUAGAUGUCGCGUUGGUCCACACGGCAUUAUCUUUGUGCAAAAAGUGUACAGAUAAUAAUUAUGAUUAUUGUGAUAAUAAUGAGUACAGAGUUAUAUUUAUAAAGUAUAUAUAUAGUUCGUUAUAUUAGCAUUAUAUAUAUAUAUAUAUAUAUAUAUAUAUAUAUAUAUAUAUAUAUAUAUAAAAUAUUGUACAGUGUACUAAUUACGCCUUCUUGCUGAAGCUGUGUACAUUGACAUCAUUAUAUAUCUUCACUUCUACUCACUUCUCUCUCUAAGAAUCUUAGAAUCGAGAUUACUGAUAAGGUGGAAUUCUGCACAGAGAACGCACGAAAUUGAAUGUUGGAGCGGAGACUGCAGAGUUCUACUUUUACGGAUGUUUAUCCGCAGUGCCUAUAUAGGGCGACCGAUAAAUCGCCAAAAUCACUCGUUCGGCAAAUUGAGCCUCAAGAGUCACGACCGAGGAUCGAAAUCGAUACACAAUUUUGCAGUGAAUUCGAUCGUUGAUAUGACAAGCACGCAUGGAAAAUUAUGAUUAUCCUAACUAUCGUGUUUUGCGAUGUUUUGUGUUUACUCGCGAAUAAACAUUAGAAUUAUUAUCGCCUGCCUGUGAUAUGCAAAAGUGAAUUUAGAUAUUCCAUUUUUGAUCCUUGGUCUCGACUACUUCUCUUGUCUUGGAAAUGUCUUUUGGAAAAUAAAUCGCGGAAAUGGUUGCACAAUAUGGAAUCAACACCGGAAAGUGAUCUUUUGCUAACUUUUAAACAUUUCGAUUUUAGAACGUUAUCGUACGUAAAAUCGAUCGAUACUUUUCAUAUUAGCAUUCUCGUCGCAUGAUUUACUCUUUCUUUAAGACAAUUAUUCAGAUAUUAUAAAUCGUUUUAAUUCACGAUGAAAUUUUCUAAACUCCGAAGAGCCUUGAGUUUGUUUGAAGAUGAAUCUCGACACGUAUUGUUUUUACGUGCAUACGCUAACGACGACGUAAGUAGAGAACUCUAGCGUUCUAGGAAAAAGAUGUUGAAAAUCGAUUUCUAUUCUAGCGUUAUAUCAAGGGUAUACCAAGGCUAAUCGGUGAAUCGUGUAACAACCGUGCAAAUAAAGUUUGCGCCGCGCAAAGCAGCGAAUGCGAGUUUGAAUUAACUAUAAAAUUCAACUGAACGUGUUACCUCGGAAGAUCAAAGUACGUAUCUCGUGAGGCGGCGAAUUAAAAAUCUCAAUCUAGACAAAUUACGUCUACAAUGUGUUUCAUAAUUGGUGUACGAGAUGUUGUAGUCACGUCACAUUCUUUAGUUAGAUGAAUAUCUACUUUGAAUUUGAACGCAAUACCACUUUUAUUCUUCCCAGUCAUUCUUAUUUCCUUCAACAAGGUCUACUCCUGACGGAUUGACAUAACUUUGUAAAAAGAGAUAGCUAUUGCUGAAUCUUCUUCUGGGUAUCUAUUAUGGACUUCUUCGGAAUCAAUUCCGAUCGGAAUAAUUCCGUUUCCCCUAGAAAAGACAAUAGAAAUCUAGGAAAUAACUGAAUGUUUCCGAUCGGAAUUGAUUCCGAAGAAAUCCAUAAUAGGUACCCUGAACUAUCUUCCAGUUUAGAAGCAAUAAGAACAAUUGAUCCGAGUAUCCUUGAGUGUGAGACCCUGAAAUGUACGUUAGUUAUAAAUCACACUGCGUGAUAUCGCACGUCAUAAUUGCGCAGUAGGAUCCCACGAUGCUGUUUACUUAACUAUGUUAAUUGCAUAUAUUUAGCCGGUCGACUGAUAUAAAGAUAGAGAACGAAAGAAAGAGAGAGAAAAGGUAAAUACCGAAAUAUGGAAACGAGAAAUACAGAAAGAUCAAAUCUCCCGAUUCGGGCAAUUUUCCUUCGCAAACUAGCGCGUUGCGCCUUCGAAUAGCUGAAAAUAGAAGCGCAGGUGUUCCAUUAAAUUUUCAUUUACUUCGUGACAUUGUCGUUCUCUGCGUGCUCAAUUUAAAACAUAUAAAUGUCAGCGACCUGAGGCCAAAUUUCAUCCAAUUGUAUUCUCAGUGUCUCAUGUUUCGAUGGAACUUUACAUAUAAUUAUACUACGUGUGUCGUUUUCUCUUUCAA